AAUGAACUUAUCGAAGGGGCCUUUGGUGAACAGCAGCAGUGACGACAUCUCCAAGUCAACUUUCGGUAAAUGCGGCGCUGGCGCCUGGAGGAUGCACCAGAGCUACGAUCCAGUGGAGGUCAACCACAUGAGAGACGCACAUGCCCUCUACAACCCCAGGCUUCUCUGCAGAAUGUCCAGUAAGGAGCGGCACCUUGAGUCCAACUGUCCUUCCUCUUAUAUAAAGACUGAGCCCUCUAGUCCUGCGUCCCUGACUGACAGUCUAAACCAUCACUCCCCCGGCGGCUCCAGUGACGCCUCAGGCUCAUAUUCGUCCACGAUGAACGGUCACCCCAACGGCUUAGACUCCCCGAGCCUCUACGGCUCCAACGCAGGGCCCCUGGGUCCUGCUGGCGGCCCCGGAUCGAAACGUUACGAGGACUGUUCGUCAACGAUUGGGGAAGAUUCGCAGAUCAAGUGCGAGUAUAUGCUGAAUUCCAUCCCCAAGAGGCUGUGUCUGGUGUGCGGGGACAUUGCGUCAGGGUACCACUAUGGAGUGGCGUCCUGUGAGGCCUGCAAGGCCUUCUUCAAACGUACCAUCCAAGGCAACAUCGAGUACAGCUGUCCAGCUACCAACGAGUGCGAGAUCACCAAGAGGAGACGCAAGUCGUGCCAGGCCUGCCGCUUCAUGAAGUGUCUGAAUGUGGGCAUGCUGAGGGAGGGUAAGGGAAAAGGUGUUCGUCUGGACCGGGUUCGUGGAGGGAGACAGAAGUAUAAGCGCCGGAUAGACGCGGACAACAGUCCAUACCUGAAUCCACAACUGGCUCUACCCCCCAAGAAGCCAUUUGCCUUUGGCUGCCUUGCAGAUAACAAAAUCGUCUCUCACCUGCUGGUGGCCGAGCCAGAGAAGAUUUACGCCAUGCCUGACCCCACCAUGCCCGACAGCGACAUCAAGGCCCUGACUACGCUUUGUGACCUGGCAGACAGAGAGCUGGUGGUCAACAUCGGUUGGGCCAAACAUAUCCCAGGUUUCUCCACACUGUCUUUGGCUGACCAGAUGAGUCUACUGCAGAGUGCGUGGAUGGAGAUCUUGAUCCUGCGCGUUGUGUACCGCUCGCUGUCCUUUGAGGACAAGUUGGUGUACGCUGAGGACUACAUCAUGGACGAGGACCAGUCGAAGCUGGCCGGACUCCUGGACCUGAACAACGCCAUCCUUCAGCUGGUCAAGAAAUACAAGUCUAUGAAACUGGAGAAGGAGGAAUUCGUAACUCUCAAGGCCAUUGCUUUGGCUAACUCAGACUCCAUGCACAUUGAAGACGUGGACGCGGUGCAGAAGCUCCAGGAUGUGCUCCACGAGGCCCUGCAGGACUACGAGGCUUCCCAGCACCAGGAGGACCCCCGCCGAGCGGGCAAGCUGCUCAUGACCCUCCCCCUGCUCCGCCAGACCUCCACCAAGGCUGUGCAGCACUUCUACAGCAUCAAGCAGGACGGCAAAGUCCCAAUGCACAAACUCUUCUUGGAGCUGCUGGAAGCCAAGGUCUGAGGAUAGGGAAAUAGAUGGAGGACAAGCCAGACACCAGUCUGAACCACCUGAGCUUCACCUCAAAGUCUAAACGGCAACGUUGAAUGACCUCUUUUUCUUUUACACACACUCUUACCCACACCAACACACAAACACACACCCUCACAGAAAUAAGUCCCUGAAAUACGUCCUUCUGAUGCAUCCCCCUUUGAAUAGACAAGUAAACUCAACCUCUUACCUGAACCCCCGAAGUCUAUGAGAGAAGAGCGGUCACUUGACCUUCUGUUGUGGGGACGACGCUGACAGACUGACAUGGCCAACCCCCCACCUGCAGUAUAACUAAGGAGGAUUUCCUUUUAAGACUAUUAACAGUCACAAAACAGUUUCCGUGGUGAGUCAGAAAACGGACGACAGCAAGGCGGUCUCUUAUGCAUCUAAUAACGAUGAAGACGUUAUUAAUGACAGAAGCUGAAACGAGGAUGCGUUUGAAAGAAACUAAAAACUCUUCAAUUUAGUUCUGAGAGACUCUUGAGACUGCACUCGUGUCCCCCUGCCUCGCCCUGUUUCCCCCUUCAGAUUUUUUUUUUAGUGUUCACAAAGAAAACAUGUGGGGAACGAAUGAACACUAAAGAAGUAUUAAUGAUGUUUGUCGUCAAAUAACUUGUACAAUGAAAUGUUGAUGGAUGGAAAGAAAGAAGAGGAGAUUUGCCCUGCCAAAGAAUGGAGCUCAUCCAUUCAGAGGAUGCCAGCAAACUUUACUGUCACAACCCAACACUCUGCUUCUGGUUCGAUCUACCGCUGGUGUUCAGUCCUGGCCAGUGAGAGCGCUGCUGGUUUUCUCUUCCACCACUAAUUUCACUUUGUUGUGGUUGAAAUUGAAUAAACCAGCAGAGCUCUGACUGUCAACGACCAGGAUUGUAAACCACAGCUGUAAACACUUUCUGCUUCUCCCGAAAAUUCAGCUCCUGGUUUCCAAUGACUCCCCCUACUUCAACUUUUGCCGAUUGCUUUGAUUUGUUGAGGACCAGUGACCCUGGCCUCCCCAACUUGUCAGUAUUAGCACAAUAUCAGUGUUUCCACACUUGACGUGGUAAAAAAAUUGUUUCAAACUUUCUGAACACUUGAGGAAUGAUCAAUACUUUACAAAGUAAAAAUACAACUGAACAAGACCUGAUCUUUACCGUCAAAUAAUGGAUUCCUGCUUGGCUAACAGGCUCAGUUCUCAUUCUCUGUGAUUCUACAUAUUCUGUCAAACGUUCCUCUCGUGUUUGGACGACUGUUUGGAACGAUUUCAGCUGCUCGUGGCCCAGGUUCACAGCUCUCCAUGUACAAGUCAGAAGAGAUUUCUGUCUGUUAAUAAGAAUUGUGCCAUUAAGGACAGUCCAGAGCAUGCUCAUUACCCAGACGCCAAACUCGAUGGUACUUCCUCUCCCUGCUCCUUUGCGUUCACAACUUCCAACUCGUCUCUUGUGUCAGAUAAAAGAUAUUUUUCCGAUUCAUUCAGCGAGUGAUUCGGGAGCUUCGGUCACUCGACGCAAUACAAACCAGAAGGAACGGUGUGCUGACAAAGCUGACUGAAAAACAACUACUGUUGCUUUUAAAUUCCUUAAUUUCUUCUUAUUCUUCAUUUCUAUCUUGAAAAUAAUCUUAACAAUGAUACCAGUAUUAGGGUUGUAAAUAAUUGUCAUCCUGUAUAUGACAUAUACCACGGCUUUGUUUUUUGUUAUUGAUAUUGUCCUCUUAAAACUGAUUCAAUCAAUAUGUCUUUCCCUUUUUCAGCUUGACCACGUUCAGCCAUUAUCAUAUAUAUAAAUAUAUAUAAAUAUAAUAAGUAAUGUAUUAACAAAUCAGCGUUUAUCUUAGAAACUCUGAGCAAUAGUGGUUUUUAAAGGAGGGGUUUGUGCAUAUGGACUAAGUCUGCAAUAUUAACAUGUGCCAGUCUUACAUUUGGGAUAGAAGAUGGGGAUUUGAGGAGAGCUGGUAGCUUCUCCUCCUCUCUGUGGAACUUGCCAUAAGCUAUUAGGGAACAGUCAGUGUUCCUUUUUUUAGUCACAGUUAGGAAGUCAAAUGGACCAGGAAUGUCAGGAUGAGAUUUGAACCCUGCACAUAUUGUGUGUGUUGUGGUCAGUUUGAGGGUUGACAAAUUCAUAUAAGCAGCAAGAAACUAAAAUAUACAGUUUGCCAUCAUCACAUCAUUGAAACGUUUGCUUUAGGUGAGCAGGCAGGUUUGACUGUCUCAUUUGAUCUGAUUAGAAAGAAACCGAUAUUUAAAGUCAAUAGUUCAUUAAUACACAGUUUUGUCGUCUUUACGUUCAGUGUUAACAUUGUCUUCAGCCAUGUGACUGAGUGCGGGGACCAUGAGAAGUACCAGGUUAGAUCUAGACUACUGAGGGAAUUGGUGCUAACAAACAUCAUCCAGUUUAAUGGGGAAAACACCUGAAAGGGACAAUUUCAUGUUAGCUCACCACUUUCUGUUGUUUGACAAUUUUAUUUUUAAGUUACCAAACAAAUUAAGUGUUAAUAUUUGAACGCUGGUACCAAAUCACUGAGAGUAAUAGAGUCAAUUGUAAAGGGGAAUUCAUUACAUUUUACAUUAGCUUUAUUAAAUUAGUCUCUGUCUAAAGAGAACAAAUGAGAUAUUGUAGAAUAUAAUUUUUUCAAAAUAUGACUGUAACAAUUUCAGAUAUACUCUUAGCUUUAAUUGGCUCAAAAUGUAGAGAACACGAUAAUAACAAAUUACAUCAAAACUAUUUAAAUUCAAACGUCUGGAAACAGGAAAUGGAAACAAAAGCUAACAGGAAAUUUUCCUACAGGGACAUUUAUUUCUUAUACCAAGUCACUUUUAUAUAUCAUUUUUUAUGUGAUUUUAAAGCCGAAUAAGAAUGCAGAAGUGUGUAAUCUAAUAUAAAAUGGCAACUUGUCACAGCUGAGGAGUGCUGCAGUUUAAGUGUAGUUGAUCUCUAACAUCACAUGCUCUGUAUCAAACAUCAGUAUUACUAGUAAGGGGUAUUUUCUCAGCCUUCUUAAACAUUGUAUAUUGUAAAUUAUACAGAAUAUAAUUCUAACAUAAGACAUUUUAUUGGAAACAAAAUCGAGAAAAAACAGAAAAAAUGUAGUUCAGCCUCGAUGUGUGUUUCAUGUUUGCUGUUUUUUCUAUCAAGGAAAAAAACGAUUUUUUCUUUGUUUCUUUUUUUAAAGGUUUUAUCGUUUCUUUGUUUUAAAGUCCUGUUUCUGUUCGAUCCCUUACUCCUCUGUUGGGUCCUCUAUGACGAUGCUGUGUGCUUUUUCUUGUGGUGAAAUCCCGUUCUUGUGCCGUGUGCUUGCUUCUUCUUUAGACAACACAGAGUAGAAUAGAGGCAACGUGGUCCGACUGUCGGGUCAGUCGGCUAGUGGGGGUCUGGGUACCGGCUUUUCUCACCAUGAACUGAACCAAAUAUAAGCCUCUUCUUCUUCUUCGAGAAAUUUAACUAGACCGCCAGAAUCAAAUGACAGUAUUCAUCUUCACCAAACUAUACAUGAAUAAUUAAAUAUUUAGUAUCUAAAUGAAGGAACACCUUACGACUAUUUAAAAAGGGAUCAUUUGCGUAACUUUCCUAUAGAGCAAACAAUAUACUGUAUAUCUUUAGGUUUAAAUAAAGAUGAGGUGAAAAGGCCAUUUGAGUAAUACAAAACUGUAGGUGACUCUUUUUUGAUAAACUUGAUGUACAUAACUGCCUUCCAUACAGCUCUGCCCCAUCAUUAUCUUCACUGUUUAAACAGGCAGAAGGAGAAAAUAUGAAGAUAAAAUUGUUAUUUCAGUAAAUAUUUUACUUAUUUCCUGUUUUGCAGCUUUUUUCCUGGAAAACAUUUUGCUUUACAAGGUGAAUCUGGCAGAUGAAGGACAGAACUAGCUUUGGCGUGGGUUGAAUUGUUAAAGAAAAAGCUCUACAUAUAGAACUUACACAUUACUCAUUAGAGUGGCGGACAUGUUUAGGCAAUCUUCCACAACUCAAAUUCAAAGAUUCUAAAGUUACUCAAAGGUCUUACACAAUGUUCAUUUAAAAUUGGACUCUUCAAACACUACAAUUGUCAGAAAGAUGGUAUUUCUUACAAUUACAUGAAUCUACAUAUACUUUAUGGAGUAAAGGUGUUCUUCUCCUACCAGUGUUUCCUUCUGUUAUUUAUUUAUUUGUCAGUUGUCCAACUGUGCAACACGAUGAAAGAUGUCACACGUCUCCCUGAGGUGAUUAAGGCUGAACUUUAAUUUCUGAUAUUAGGAAACACUGAUGUGCGGAAGUUUUCCAAAUGUACUUUAAGUCAAUCAAACAAAAAUUGCUAAUUAACUCUUUUAUAAAUUCUCCCAUGUUUGACAUAUUAGCAGGAAUUAUUUACCAGCUAACACCACGAGUGAGAUUGUGCGUUUCUUUCAGAAGUGUUGAUAUAACUUGCUGCUCAGAGCCAAGAUAUUAUUUAGAUGUACAGGCCGGAGGUGUUUUUCUUUUCUUUUUCUUUUCUUGUUAUAAGCAAUAUUUCAAUGACUGUACAAUGAGGAGGCAAGAGGUACACUUGUUUGUGUUGGGUUAUAGAUCCAAAUGCUUUUGUAUCUGCAAGAGUUAUUCUGCUGUUAGUGUUGAAUCCAUAUAAAUAACAACAAACCAAACUGGUAUUUUCUAUGAGGAGCAGUGGAAGAAGGACUGUCUGGGUUUUUGCAGAGUCACUGAUAGAAAGAGUUUGACCUGGUCGCUCUCUGGGCGCCAUGUUAUCGCUCACACCUGAACUUAGAUGCAUUAGCUGCAAACGCUCUAUGUAACAAUAGUUUAGCUGGAACAGGAGGAGUUAUUUAGCCAUAGCGACAAAGCAGGAUUGCCCAUCUUCCAUGGCUGCCCCCUGAAAACUGCUUAGGCCAAACUGUGUCUAUCUACAGCUCUACAGUGUUAAGUCAUUAAGUUGUAUUUAAUCCCCCAAUGUAACUGCCACUCGUGCUGCGGCUAACCCUGCAGUCUGAAUUUUGAAAAUAUGCAGAAAAUAUUUAAGGGAGAGAGAAAGUUGACACAAUUGGAUGAAAAGGAUAUUUGAAGAUUGAAAAAAAAUGACCUUUGCAUAGAGGAAAAGAGUUGUGGAUGGAAGAAGAAGACCCUGUAGUGUUAUUAAAAAUGUCCGUAGAUUUUAGAUGUGCUUCACAUCAGUAAAUGAAAAAAAAAACUAAAAAACAAUUACCUGUAUAUUUUUGUGAUGUGUAUCAUACAAGUGUGCUCCAACAAUAAUGUCCAUUUGUGUAAAUGUAUUUAUUUCACAUUGUAUAUAUUGUUCAAUGCAAAAAGAGAGACCUAUGAUUCUGUAACUUAAACUACUAUGAGUUCAAACAUUACGUGUUACUCCAGACUAUGCCUUUCAGGAUUAUUACAGUAGAGCAAUAUCAAUUAAAA